AUGGGGAAACAACCACUCAAACGCUUCACCAUUGCGAUUACUGGCUACUUCGGAGAACAGCGCUCGUCCGAACAGAUGCGCAAAUGGAUACAUAACAAUGGAGGCAUCUUUGCAUAUAAUGUCUCUCCGAAGAUUACCCACCUUGUUUGUAGCAAGGAAGACUUCAAGAAGAAUGUGGCAAUGGUCCAAAAGGCACGCCAGCUCAGGACCGUCAAAAUCGUCUCCUGGGAUUGGCUGGAGGACACCUUGAUGAAAGAGCAUCCCAUGAAAGAAUCCGAAUACCUUAUGGCCCCUCUAGUCAAGUGUGCUGCGGACAAUAAAGAAAAGAAGAAGGCAGUCAGGAAAGAGAACAUUAGAAAAGGCAUGGAGAACUUCGAGAAAGGAUGCAAGGAAUUCAAAGAGGACAUGUUCUCCGAUGGCUAUCAUAUCUAUCAAGACUGCACCAAGUUCAACUACGACGUUACCCUUGCCCGCACGAACCUCCUCGUCAACAAAAAUGAUCGCUUCGCCCUCAAGCUCUUCGAGUCCCACGCUACGCCCAAGUACUACGCCUGCUAUGCCAAGUACAGUUCUCCCGGCCACGCACCCACAAGUGAGAUGCUGGCGCCGAUUGGGAGCCCGUGGGAAACCGCAUGGGACGCGUUUCAGGGGUUUUUCGAAUUGAAAACGGGAAAGAAGUGGGAGGAGAGAUUCGUCAGGAUGGCCUUGGGGAGUGAGGCUUUCACGUACACUCCGCCGAAAGUGGGACAGCCAAGGGGCAUGUUCUUGGAGAUCUGA